AUCAUAACCCCCUCUUCUUCCUUUCAUUUCUAGUGUCUACAUACUCUGGCCAGCUCCCUAAUCAUGUGUUAUUCACAGAGCCCCAGACCCUCCCACUGGUUUUCUAUCAAUAAUUAACUCAUAUCCUCUUUAUAUUACUAACACCAACCCCUUCACCCAAAAACCCAAGCCUUUUUACCUUUCGUCUGAUUGGCACACUCUCUUCUAAGACCUGAACUUCUGUCAACCUAGAGAUACAAACUUUGUGUCUGUAUCUAUUGUGUAAGACACACUAUUGUGUGGUCGUCCGGCACCAUUCGAUUCCAAGGUCCGUUAUUAUUGUUUCCCCCCAAACAGUGCUUCCUGCUUGGGUUGGUGAGGCUUUUACCUCUCUUGCCUCCCCCUCAACCCCGCACAGACAGACCAGAUGGUGGCUUUAUGACAGAAAGGGUGCACCACUUUCUGCACAGACAAUUGGCCAAGCUUCACUCUCUUUGCCAAACACUCUCUUGAUCUCUCUUUUGAAAAUGCUAAUCUCUAUACAGUAAGAAAAAUUUAUAAUGAAAUGGUUGAACAAUAAGAUAUUAUCCAUUACUUGCAUUUAAAAGGCUUGAAAUUCUGACACAGAAUUUAUAACUCUAAAUACUGUUUAAAUCAUUGUUAGCCAUUGUUAGUACAUUGUCUCUCCAUCAGGAACUAAUGGACCACAAGCAGUUGUUUCUGUUUUCUGAAGCAUUUGAAAAUUUUAGUUGAUUGAUAUAGUUAAAUUGUAUGGUCUGGUAACCUUUUCCUUUUUCUUGACAUCUUUAUGGGUAACAGCAGAAUGGACUAAAAUAAAUAAACUUUUUAUUUAUUAAAGCAUACUUAAGAGUAGUGGUUUGAUAUAAAGCUAUAUAUCAUUUUUAAAUGUAGUUUAAUGUUUUUUAUUUUAUUUUUUUUUUUUUUAUUUUUUUUUUAGCCAAGCACAAUAACAUCCUUUCUUUUCUUCUGCCGUUGUGCUUCAGCACAAUGGAGCGUUUCUUGUCUGCUUUGGUUUAAUCUGCAAGCACAGUGAAAUGAAGUGAGGAUGUCUGUUCUUUAUGCUAACAGUGUUUGGGUCUAAUGGCAGCUUGAAAAUACUGACCGACAUUCUGAAAACAUUCAUAUUUUCAGAGAGCCCAAGAGGAAUAUUGAUUCUACCAAAUUAUAUAGACAAUUGAUUCGUUUUGGAUACAACUAAAAGCCUUGUAACAUCAUGCUGACUGGGUUUGUGUUGUUAUUUACAUGUAUUGCCUUAGGAUAUACAGUAGGCUAAACCAUUGUUGUCUAUGUUCACUGCUCAGGAAAUUCUCCCAUGUGUGAUAAAUUAGCUUGAAUUUAAAAGUUAACAUGGUACACUUAUUUUGAGGGUUUUGGAAGACUUCUUCAAGAUGUGAUUAAGUAAAUAAACAUCUAGCUAUUGCAAUUAAUAAAAACACAAGAUGAUUUUGACAAGUUUUUUCCAUCACCACAAAGACGAAAAGAUGGUUGCAUCAAAUUGCCUGUAAUACAUUGAAUGAAAAUUCUUUUAAAUUUUGUAUGUGCAUAUUACUGUAACAGCCAUAGUAUUUUGCUGCAAUAAAAAAAUUAAAUAAAAAAAUCUUAAAAUGCAUUGACAUAAUACUGUUGAAUUUUACCCUCCUAACUUUUAUGAGGGACAGAACCUAUAGGUGCAAUUUAUAAUAACCUUCAAUAAACUGUACAGUAACUAAUGAACUUUAAAACAAAAACUAUUGCACUUAUCUGUUGAACACAUCACCCGACACCACUUGUGACAUCUCUUGUUUUUCAGUUUUAAAAGAUGUAUUACAGUGAAAAGUUCAUGCUGCUCAGCGAGGUCCAACAUUGAGAGCAGUGUUACAUUGAGUUGAGAAACACGAGGACAGUCUGCAGGCUCACAGUAUGCAAUAUGCAUGCAGGGGCCACUGAGAAGAGUACACUUGAUAAUCACAGUGAUCAUGCCUGUGUGACGCAGACUAACAGAUCACAGACAGUUUCUGCAAAAUGACCUCAGAGAUCACCGGCCGUCUUCCACUCAAUGUCUAUGUCAUCAUUCUUGGAAUAGGCCUCUUCAUAUUCAUGUUGAGCAUGAUCUUCUGUUGCUACCUGUUCAGAUUGAGGAGACAGGGCACACAAGAACAAUAUGGAUAUAAUGAGGUCAUUCUAAAAGGUCCAGGGAAAAAAUUGAGUCUUCUUGGACAGACCUGUGCAGUUUGCCUGGAAGAGUUUCGAAGCCGGGAUGAACUAGGGGUUUGCCCCUGUUCUCAUGCAUUUCACAAAAAGUGUCUGGUGAAAUGGCUGGAAAUUCGCAGCGUCUGCCCCAUGUGCAACAAGCCCAUCUGCAGGCUCCAGCCAGACCCUCCGCAGGGGACCGAGGGGCCCCAGAACCCCCUGGACGUGUGACAGAAGAGGGGUGACACAGCUCAGAGAUAGGCGGGCUCUCAUACAUCUAAGAACAGCAUUAGAAAUAUUACACUACUGGGGUGGGCGGUCUAGUCCCAAAUUAACAACAACCGUCCCUGUCCAGCAAUCUGCAGAUUUCUCCUGCAUAGAUGGGUUUGGGAUUUUCCCAGUAGAACUGAACUGAUGUGCCGUGUUUUUGGUCAUAAUGUAGCUUGCAGCGAGAUAAUUUGAUCACUUGUUGACUCCAAACAGACAAAUAUUCAGACCAGGACAGUUGCACAAAACAUGAAGUCUGAACGGACACUGUGCAAUAUAUGUGAAUUUACAGAAGUCCUCUAAGAUAGACUGUGGUAACUAUUACUACCAUUAAGAGUCAUGUUUAGGAAGACCCAGUUACAGAAUCCAAAGUGAGGAGCAGUUCACUGGCUGACCUUAAGGAUCUGUGAGCUCAUCGGAUAAUACUCUUGCCAAUAUUUUGAUGUUUGACACUCAGAAAUGUGUUUAUUUUGAGUCACGUAGGUGUUUUGUGAGCUUGAGAGAGCUCAUGGCCUUGAUAAGGAGAACCCACACUGUAAUGUAGAACCCUCAGGGUCAGAUUGGAUGAUAUUCUGCCUAAUUUAUGUUAAAGGGAUGGUUCAGGAAAAAAAUACUAUGGAAGUCAAUGGCAACCACCAACUGUUUGAUUACCAGCAAUCUUCAAAAUAUCUUCUUCAACAUGUUCAUCAUGAGAAACCAACUCCGACAGGUUUUGAACGACAUGAGGGUUAGUAAAUGAUGACAGAAUUUUCAGUUUUUGGUGAACUAUCCCUUUUACUGUUUUGUGCUGUAUAUUGCUCACAAUAAAAGUUAUGAUGGAA